GCCAACAGUUUCUAUUCUAAAAGAUUCUACACAGCAGAUUACGAUCAGCAUCAUGAAAGUAUUCUUUGUGUUUGCCGCCCUUGCAGCUCUAUCUUUGGCAUCUGCCGUGGGGCUAACUGAUUCCCAAAAGGCUGAGGCAAAGCAGAGAGCCAAGGCCUGCGUCAAACAGGAGGGAAUCACGAAGGAGCAAGCUAUUGCCCUGCGGUCUGGAAACUUUGCAGACUCCGAUCCAAAGGUAAAGUGCUUCGCCAACUGCUUCCUGGAGCAGACCGGCCUGGUGGCCAAUGGGCAGAUAAAACCUGACGUGGUUUUGGCCAAACUAGGUCCCAUCGCCGGCGAAGCCAAUGUCAAGGAGGUGCAGGCCAAGUGUGACUCGACCAAGGGAGCCGACAAGUGCGACACUAGCUAUCUGCUGUACAAGUGCUACUACGAAAACCACGCCCAAUUCUAAGAAAACCUUUUUUGAUUUUCAAAAGAAUAUUUGUUUCUUUGAUUACCAGUUAUUCUCAAUAAAAAUUAGAUCAGGCUUCCC